GGUGUGGAAUGUAUCAAGUGACUAGUUGCAGCCACGAUUGAACAAGUUUAGAUUUUGCUACACACUAUACAUCGCACCAAUGGAGUUAAAGAUUCAACAGAAUAACGACCAUCGUGGGACCAUACGGUCGGUGGAGAACGAGACCGAGGAGGGGCGGGCCACCAUCGAGGACUUUUUCUCCGACGAGAACGAGAGCAGCGAGUCGUCUGACGGGGACGAUGAGGACCUCAUGAGUCGCUCCAAAGUUGGACUCGCACAGGCCGCACAAUAUUUUCAGUCGGCCGGGAAAGAAAAGAAAAAGAAGAAAAAGAAAAAACACGCGGGGCCGUCGUCUGCUCUUCCGUCUGCUGAUCUCUCGCCUGCUGAGUUCAGAAAGCGCGGGAAGGAGUUGGUCGAUUUUAUCGCUGAUUAUUUGGAAGGUUCAAGGGACAGGCCGGUGAACCACUCGGCCAUCCAGGGAUUUCUGUUCAAGAAAAUGCCAAAAAUUCCCCCAAAAGAAGCCGUCAACAUGGACGAUGUCUACAAAGACAUCAGGGAACUUAUUUUUCCAGGGAUCCCUCAAUGGCAAAGUCCCAAACACCACUCUCUGCUGCCAGCCGGGGGAUCCUACGCCAGUCUACUGGGCAGUAUGCUGUGUGACGGUCUAGGGUGUGUCGGCUUUACGUGGGCAGACUGCCCAGCGGCCACAGAGCUUGAGAUGGUUAUCAUGAACUGGCUGGCCCACCUCAUGGAUCUGCCCAAAGACUUUCAUUUCUUCGGCAAAGGUUCGGCGUCCGGUGGUGGAGGAAUUAUUCAGAACACCACGACGGAUGCCCUUCUCACGGUGACUGUGGCUGCCAAGAGGGUCAUGUUGGAGAGGCUGAAGCUCAGCUUCCCGGAACAGACAGAGGCGGAGCUCUUGCAGAAGUUCAUGGUCUACUGCUCUGAGCAGGCACACCCUAGCAUGGAGCGAGUGUGUGAAAUAGCUGGAGUCAACCUCAAGCGCCUUUGGACUGACAGACAGGGUAUUAUGCACGGCGACACUUUGAGGUUCGCUGUGGAGAAAGAUAAGGGCAAGGGAUAUCACCCUUUUCUGGUUAUAGCCACUGUAGGGACCAUUGCCUGUACUUCUGUUGAUCAAAUCGGAAAAAUUGGGCCAAUACUGGACGCGGAGUCUCCAAAGAUUUGGUUCCACAUCGAGUCGGGGUAUGCCGGAAGUUCCUUCAUUUGUCGAGAGUACCAGCCCUUGCUGCACGGUAUAGAUUACGCCGACUCGUUCUCCAUGUCCGCUCACAAAUGGAUGCCGGUACACAUGGACUGCGCAUGUCUCUGGGUGAAGAAAACGUCACAUCUGACGCAGACGUUUGCUUGUGAAGAUCCUGAGGGUCCACUGUACAUACCAGCAGACGAUAAAAACAUCAUGGCUGAUUACAGGUCGUGGAGUCUGCCAAUGACACGACGAUUUCGAGCCAUGAAACUCUGGGUCGUAUUUAAACUGUAUGGCGUCAAGGGACUGCAGCAGAAAAUAAGGGAGGAUGUGAGAAGAGCAAAAGAGCUGGAAAAACUGAUUGGAGAAGAUCACCGCUUUGAAAUACUGGGUGACGUCAUGUUCGGUGUCAUACCAUUUCGUUGUAAGCGCCCUGACAACAACGACAUCAACUACGAGAUCCUCAAGCAGAUCAACAAAACGGCUGUGAUAAAGAUGACCGGCGCCAGGAUCGGGUACAAGUUUUGGCUGAGGUUUGUCGUCGCUGGGCGGUACACGGACUCAGAGGACGUCAAGUUCUCGUGGGACAUGAUCAGACGUACAACCAAUAAGGUUAUAACUGACUACACAGAGCGUCAGCACAAUGAAGAUAGGUGUGGUAUGCCAAACUAUAAGCAUGUUAUUAUGAUUGGCAAAGAAACAAGGAUGGACACUACGGAGAGCAAGGAGGAAAUGGAUGGAAGAGAAAUGGAUUCUAUAAUGGGUUAACAUAGGAAAAAUUGUUUACUUAUAGUCUGGUUGGUUUACUGAUUUAAAGAUAUCACAUUAGUGAGUUUUCUUUGUCUUCAAAUGAGAAACCAAAAAAAAUAUUUUUUUAUUAAAGUAGAAAAAAAUCCUUAAAAUAGUUACCACUUGGAUGUUUGUUGGGAUAGUUUUUGAAAUGCUGUUUUUAGAUCAAGAUCAAUGA